GGCAGCACUGGGCUUGCCGGUAUAUGGAAGGGCAGGGUCCGCAGCGGGGCAUGCACCGGUGGGUCAACAGGGCUGGUCGGCUGAGGGGCACAUAGGCCGGCAUCAGCAGCAGCAGCAGCAGGGCUCGGGGGUUGGCUGGUCCCACAACGGCUCAAUGCAGCGAGGUGUUGCAGACGCGGCGGCGGCGGCGGCGGGUCCGCAGCAAUCACCGCUUCUGCUGCAGCACCAGGCUCCGGACUUCCCUUCUGGUACCGGUUGCUCCUGCCGGGGAGGGCAGCAGCAGCAACAGCGGCAGGGAGUGCAGACACUACAGCCCAGGGACGUGCACGGAGGAAGAGGAGGAGGUUGCGGCUGGAGCAACAAGCCGCCCGCUACCACUACCGGUAGCUCCUGCGGGCCCGAUCCGCGUCAGCAGCCUUCCAAGGCUCCCGGAGCAGCAGUGGUGGCGCAGCAGGCCUCUCCCUCGCCACUACACCACGGCUUGCAGGGUGCAGCCGUGAAGGGUCGGGCUGCGGCGUUAGGGGCGCUGGAUUUCCUGGAUGAAGAAAACCUGGAGGACCUGGAAGACAAUUUUGACUAGGGGUUGAGGACGAGGGUGCUUCCUGCGUACGAGUAGCAACUGUUAAGCAACGCGCAGGCUUGCGUGAGGGCAUGUGUAGUGGCCAGGUUGCCGUGAGGAGUUUCUGUACAGCAUUGGUUGCGAAGGGUGGCGUUUGGCCGGAUGUUGACGCAGGGAUGGUGGGGCAUGCCAAUCUGUCGUUCUUCUGUAGGUAUAGGAUAAGCAGGUGUUGCAUUACGAACCGGCGUUGAUUCCUGGUGGCACGCAGGAUCACGGCAGACAGUGCUGACACACACCCUUGUGUUUGGAUACGAUGUCUUGUUUCAUAGUUAUCGUAGGUCCAUAGAUUUUACGAUAAGGCAUAUUCUCCAAGGGGAAUGACCGCUUUGCCGAGUUGCAGUUUAACCGGUAGUCCUACAGACGUCUCAAGACUAUUUGCACAGCGCUGAUGUCUACCAUAAAUUCCUACAGCAUAGUUUGCUAUCAUGCAAUAUGCGUCGUUGACGCCGAAUGACGGCAACAAAAGCGUAAGCGCGGCAAAAGCUAGCAAUGCGUAGACGCCCGGUGCGAAAACAGAGCAGCUAGGUGCAAUCACCCUUUGUGAUCAUUACUUCAAAUAGUUCAUAGACCAUGAAUUGUAUCGCGGAGCGGAGUCGACUUCCAGGGCCUAUCCAGGCCAUUGCAUUUAACGUCGAUUGUUCAGCUAUCGCCGUAUCGCACUGCGGGAACGAUGUGGUUAUUUACGAAGCAUGCUCAGGCGCCUCAGGGUCAGGCGAGGCGCUGUCUUGGACCAAGGUUUCCACACUCCAGGGGCAUCAGCAAGUGGUAUCAGGGCUCGACUGGGCCCCCAGAACAGACCAGAUCCUUUCUUGCUCGCACGAUCGCAACGCGUUCGUAUGGACGCGAACAUCUGCCGCGGCCGCGGCCAGUACGACAGCCCCAGCAGCGUCCACAGCCGCAUCAGGCCCAUCUGGGUCAGCUUCCGGCUCCGAAACCAGCACCAGAUCCGCGUCAUGGGAGAAGCAGAUGGUGAUUACCCGGCUGACCAAAGGGGCGCUGUGUGUGAAGUGGAGCCCGUCAGAAGCCAAGUUUGCCAUCGGCAGUGCUGCCAAGGUGGUGUCGGUGGGCUACUACGACCCCGAAAGCAAGUGGUGGGCGUGCAAGAUGAUACGCAAGGCCCAUGAGAGCAGUGUGGUGGCGGUGGCCUGGCACCCCAACUCGCUGGUGCUGGCAACAGGCUCCACAGACCGGCGGGUGCGGCUGUUCAAUGCCUACGUGCAAGGCUACGAAACGGAGGCGCCGGCCGGCUCGCUGCCCCCCAACUCCUCAUUCGGGGACUGCAUCAUUGAGGUGUCCCACGAGGGCUGCAGCUGGGUGCACUCGGUGUGCUGGAGCCCGGGGGACGAGGCGCUGCUGUACGCCUCUCAUGACGGAGCAGUGGGCUACGUACGGGGGCCACAGGCUAAUGUGGUGGUGCGGCUAGCAGGGCAGCAGCUGCCGUUGAAGUGCUUGGAGGCGGUUUCGGAGCGGUUGGCGGUUGGAGCCGGUUGGGACGGUUGCCUUGUGGUGCUGACGAGGCGGAGCGCGCAGGAGCCCUGGCAGCAGGCCGCAUACCUAGGCGGGCCGUCGAGCAGCAGUGGCAACCCCUCGCUGGGCGGCAGUAGCAGCAGCCACCCCUCGCAAGGCGGCAGCUACCCGGCCGGCAGUCCGAGCAUCGUACGGCAUCUAGCCCAGAUGCACAUCAGCGCCUCGACACCUGGAGGGACGAGCACCGCAGGCGCCUCGGGGCAGCCCGCCGCCCACACCGCCUGUGUCACCGGGCUGCAUGUGCGGCCGGCGGCAGCGGCAGCGGCAACGGCAGGAGCGAACGGCCGGAAGACAUGUGCUGCUGCUGCGGCUGCUGCGGUUGGGGGACAGGCGCGGUGGCAUGUGGCGUCUGCGGGUCUGGACGGACAGGUGGUGCUUUGGGACUUAUCGGCGUACAUGUGAUAACGAGCGCUUGAGACCUUGAGUUGGGGCUUACAAAGGGGCAGGAGAGUAGGGAGGGGAAUUCAUGCUUGGCGGUUCCUGGUUCCUGGAAGUCCUCUGAUGGUGGAAUGCCCAUGGGCGUUUGGUGGAAGAGGGGGUGGAAGAAAGGCAUGCAUGCAGGGUGCUAUGGGUGGAGUGGUGGAGGAAUAGGGUGCGCUUUUGUAUGUGGAAUAGGGGUGCGCUUUUGCAGGUGUGGUUAGCGUGCUGUUUCAGGGCAGGGACCUGGCGAGUCC